AUGGGUGAAACAAUUGAAAAUUUUAAAAAAUUUACAAAUUUUAAAAUAAUAUAUUUUUUAGGUUUUGCAUCAUUAUCAUGUUUUCAACCAUUUAUCAGUAUUUAUUUACAUAGUUUCGAAACCAUCACACCAUCAAUUAUAGGUAUAAUAACGUGUUUAAUUCCAUUUCUAUCAUUUAUAGCGGCACCGUUGUGGACUGGUUUAGCAGAUAAAUAUAAUUCACAUAGACUUGUAUUGAUAUUAAAUUGUUCACUUACAAUAAUUGCAUUGGUUUUAUUAAUUCCAACUGAUGGCAAUCUUUUUGGAAUUUUCUUAUUAGUUGGGCUUUAUAGUUUAAGCUCUGCACCCAUUUUUCCGAUAGUAGACAGCUUUGUUUUAAAACAAAUGGGCGAAGAUUCAAAGUAUUAUGGCAUGCAGAGAUUGUUUGGGGCAAUUAGUUACGGUAUUGUUGCAUUCGUUACAGGUAUUCUCAUUCAUCACUCUCUCAACUCAAUAUUUAUUUCCUAUGCUUUUUGGAUGGUAUUGUUUAUAGCUUAUUACAUUUACAAUCAGACUACCAUGGGAUCCAAAUUGAAAAAGUCUGGUGCAAGUUUAACAAAUUUUAGAAAAUUACUCGAGGAGGAAGAAACUGUAAAAGAAUCUACAGCAGAUGGAUCAAAUAGCGAAGAUAUAGUAUUGGAGCAAGUAUCUGAAAACUCGUCAGUAAAUUCAUCACCAUCCAUCACACCAAAAUCAUACGAUGACGAUAUGAAGAACAAUCUUUUGGAUAAAGAGGACUCUAGUGAAAAUAUAACAUCGAUUCAAAUUCAAGAAGAAACUAAUACACUCGAGGAAAGAUUAACUACAAAGCAGGUUAUAGUCAAUUUAUUAAAAGAUGCUCAUAUGAUGAUCUUUUUAUUUGCAGUAAUGAUUUGUGGUAUGACAGCUAAUAUAAUUGGUAAUUAUUUAUUCCUCUUCCUUCACGAUGUAAAACAUGCCAGCUCAUUGCUUUUGGGAAGUACUAUGCCAUUUACAGUAGUAAUGGAGUUGCCUUUUUUCUUUUUCGGUAAACAGCUCUUAACAAUAGUGGGUGUAAAUAAAAUGAUCAUUAUUGGUCAUGUUUGCUUUAUUACACGUUUAUGUUUAUAUAAUAUUCUAGCAAUCGAAUCAAUUUCACCAUGGUUUGUUUUACCAAUUGAAAUUUUACAUGGUAUUGCUUUUGCAACUAUUUGGGGUGCUGGUGUAGAGUUAUCAAAUCAAAUGGCACCAAAAGGGUAUGAAACUACAUACCAAGGUAUUUUUUCAGGUAUUUAUUGUGGAUUGGGUGCAGGUUUAGGAUCAAUCAUUGGUGGGUUUUUAUAUGAACAUAAAUCACCAAUGUAUUUAUUCAGAUUUACAGCUAUCGCAACAACAUUUAGUUUAAUUAUUUUCACUUUAAACCAACUUUAUUUUUCAAAAAAAAAAAAAGAAAUCAACAAUUGUAAAUAA